AUGACCUGCCGUAUGGAACCGUCGCCGUCCCCUUUGCCAGCAGCGGACCCGCUAGCCGUUGAGGCAGCCGGCUUUGAUGCGGACGGCGAGUCGGACGCGCCGCUGUCGGCGGCGUCGCAGCAGCUGCUGCUCGACACGCUCUCGCGCCUCCACGCGGACGACUCCGCGCAGCCUUCCGCUGCCGCCGGCGAGGGGGAUGACGUGGAGGACGAUGAUUGGGCGGAAGAGGAUGGCGAGGUGGAAGAAGAGGUGCUCGACGCUCUCGAUUGGCUGGACCUGAGAGAAGACCUCGCAUCGCGAGGAAACACUGGUGGCGGCGCGUUCGGUGGCGGUUUCUCCGCGGCGCGGCGGCCGAACGCCUUCGGGGGGCAGCUGAACCAAGCACAUGCGAACGCCCGCGCAGCCGCGUCUGGGGGCGCGGGGAAGGGCAGCGCAGGGGGAGCGGGAGUGGGGGGGACGGCGGGGGCGAUGCAGCCGCGGGUGAACAAGCAGCAGCGUCUGACGGCGCGAGUGAAUGCCGCGCCCAUGCGGGAUUGGGGCGACAGCUGUCAGCUGAAUAUGGCGAAUGUGGUGAUGACAGCUGUGCGCGACACGAACAAGCGGCAGGAGCAGGGCCAAUCAAGGGUGAAGGAGAAGGCCGACCGCGCCACUGUGGAGCAGGUAUUGGACCCGCGCACGCGCAUGGUGCUGUUCAAGAUGCUCAACCGCGGAGUGUUCUCCCAGAUUAACGGCUGCCUCUCAACCGGCAAGGAGGCGAACGUGUACCAUGCCACGGUGGACUGCCCCUCCGCGCUGCACAUGCCCGCUGCUCUGGGGAUUGGGGGCGGUAGAGAGGGGGCGGGCGUGCAGGAGGGGGGCGAGGGGCAGCCCGUGAAGGAGCUGGCAGUGAAGGUCUACAAGACGUCUAUCCUGGUGUUUAAGGACCGCGAGCGGUACGUGGCGGGGGACUACCGGUUCCGGCACGGGUACAGCAAGCACAACCCGCGCAAGAUGGUCAAGGUCUGGGCCGAGAAGGAGUUCCGCAACCUCAACCGCUCUCCCACAGCAGUCUUUCAGUUGCUAUGCACGUUAUUGGAAGCUCUGGCUCAAUCAUUUCAUGGUCUUUGUUGCAAUGGCAUACAUGUGGUGGCACGGUAUUGCACGGCAGGCACGGAGGGGUGGGGGGCGCCGAGGCUGAAGGACGUGCAGCUGUCGGAGGGGCGGUGGCGGGAGUGCUACGGGCAGGUGGUGCUGGCCAUGUGGCGCAUGUACCGCCUCUGCCGCCUCGUGCACGGCGACCUCAGUGAAUACAACCUGCUCUACCUGCAGGGGCGGGUGUGGGUGAUAGACGUGUCGCAGUCGGUGGAUCUGGACCAUCCCAGGGCGCUCGACUUCCUCCGAGAGGACUGCCUGCACGUCACUGAUUUCUUCCGGCGCAAGGGCAUGGCGGUGCUGACGGUGAGGGAGCUGUUUGACUUUGUCACGGACCCCGUCAUGCCGGAGAGCCUCGUGGAUGACUGCCUGCACAAGCUUCAAGAGAGGGCAGCCAGCAGGCCGUUGGAGCCCACAGCGCAGGAGGCCAUCGCUGAAGCCGUCUUCCUGCAGUCGUUCAUACCGCAGUCGUUGGAUCAGGUGAAGGACGCCGAGAAGGACAUCCGCCGCAUCGCCUCCGCCACCAAAGCAGCAGCACAGCAGCAGGCAGCCACACCCAGCAAGACACAACAGGCUGUGGCACACGGAGGGGAAGCAACCGGUGCAGCAGCGGGUGCAGCAGGUGGCGGCAGCGGCGGCAAUGAAGCGGCCUUGUCAUCGGUGGCCCCCCCUCUGGAGGGCAUCUUCUACCCGUCGCUGCUGGGGCUCAAGGCCGACCUCUCUGGCGUGCGCACCCUGCCCGACAUUCUGCAGGCUCAAGAGGAGCACGGCGAUGCCACGGCAGGCAGGGGCGGUGGUGAUGGCGGGCACGGGCGUGGGGAGCAGGGCGAGGAGAGGUCAGGGGCAGUGAGGGGCGGAGGAGAGGGGGAUGACGGGGAGGAUGGCAGAGAGAGUGACAGGGGUGGCGCGGCGGUGGUGCCCUGCGAGCAGCGUGGGGGGGCAGAGGGGAUGGAGGGCGGGCAGGAGCAGCAGAGCGAGGAGGGCAGUGAGGAGGGAAGUGACCUGUCAGAGGAUGAGGGAGGCGAGGAGGAGGGCGGAAGGCGGGGCAAGGGGGGAGCAGUGAGCAAGGAGGAGGUGAGGGCGGCGCGCAAGGAGAACAAGAAGAAGGUGAAGGAGGAGAAGCGAGUGGCUCGACUUGAUAAGGUGCCCAAAGCUGUUAAGAGGAAAAAGAAGAAGGCAGCAGAGAGCAAGAAGCGAUAA